AUGAGCAUGUUCUAUCCUCCUCCUCUAGGUGGGGCUCCGUCCAUCAACCGUCAAUCCACCAUUGUCGACCCCGAAUUUAACUUUCCUGUUGGAUGCUGUGGCCCUGAUGGUGGUGACAGCAGGCCUUCUCCUGGUAUUUGCCGCGGUCAUCUCGACAAGUUUGACACGGAGGAAGCCACUGUCACCUGGCAGCCCGGCCAAGACGCCUACUUCCAACUUACCGACUUUAGCUACGAUCCCGCCGCUCCCGGUGGCACUCACUCUGGAGGUUCCUGCCAAGUCGGCUUUUCCGUCGACAAGGGCAAGACUUUCAAGUUGGCUGCCUCUUACCACGGUGCUUGUCCACAUGCCACUACCGAUGGAUCACCCGAAGCUCAGACUUUCGACUUCAAGGUUCCUACGAAUAUGCCUGAAGGCGACGCCCUAUUCGUCUGGAUCUGGUUGAAUAGAGAGCACGAAGCCUUUGACAAUUGCAGUAAAGUUCGCAUCGGCGGCAACGGUUCAGGAAAUAGCACUGCGCCCAGCGAGCCAUCUAAGCCUUCUCAGCCUGCCCAGCCUGCCCAGCCCUACAAACCUUCUCAGCCUUCUCAGCCAGCGUCUCAGCAGCCCAGCUACGAGAAACCUCCUGCUGAUAACGGCAACGGUGGUGCCGUCACGACUACUGUAGUCACAAAAACCAUCUACAUGAACGCGGCCAUGCAGACAAUUAACCCAGAGUCCUCGACUUCUCAAGAAAACAGCCAAUCCUGGAAGCGGGACCGUGAUCACCCAGAGGUCAAGGCCAACACUCGCCGCUACGAAGUCGACGGCUCCCGCUGCGACUGUAGCCGUGACGAACUGACCCUGGCUGCCCGCUGCUCUUGUGACUCCAAGGACAGCGCCAUUGAGCGCAAGGCUCUGCGUCUGCACCGCCGUACCUUUUACAAGCGCUUCGACGUCUGCGACUGGAACUCUGCUCCCGCCAUGGAGACUUCAUACUACACACGUGACGCACGCUGUGCCCCUGGUGCAAAGGACCGCAUGAAGGAAAGCGACAAGUUCGAGCUCGGCUGGGAUGUCUCUUGCGGCGUCGUUUCGGGCCUGAGCGAAUAUCCGAUCAAGACCUUCUCGUGCGACAUGUACGACUAAGCUGUCAUGACCCUUUUUUCCCUCCUUUUCUGCACUUUCUGCGUACAAACCCUUUUUCUGCUUCAUCUUCACUCGUUCAUCAUGUUCUUUGAACGCUGGCUUUUUAUACAAACCCUUUCUUUCCUUUUCUUUCUCGGUUCUUGGUCGCAUGGCACGUACCAUGAGCAUUUCUCUCAAACAUGUUUGGGCGGGCUUUGGGUUUUGGGGGCGGCACACAUUACACGGAUUGCGCUCGCUUAUGUGCAUUUGGAACGAAUUUGUCGUUUUUUCAUGUUUUCAGCAUAUCUUAUGAUGCAUUGGCAUGGUG